GCUUGGUAGAGAGAACAAAAUGCAGUCCGUCGCCGUGUGUGUGUUGGUGUUCGCGGCUGGGGCGUCGGCGCUCAUGCCUGGAGGAGGUUUCGCGGCCUCGCCUUGGACAGACACCUCGAUGUGUUCCCCCACGGACCCCCCGGCGACGUGCCAGCUGAAGAAGGGCCAGUGCUCGCCCCUCAGCUCUGUGUUCUCCCCCAAGGGCGGCCCCGUCAAGGCCAUCACCUCCUGCGCCAACGUCACCGGCACAGUCCUCGGCCCGCAGUUCUACAUGAGCAUUGGCAUGGCAUUCUCCUCGGGCAACCCUGAGAGCAUGGCCGACAUGGUUUCUUCUGAUCCCAACCAAGUCACUGUCAUGCGGUUCUGCUUCGUGAAUGCCACGGGUCUGCUGAACAGCGACUUGGUGACGCUAAACCGCACCGCCGUCGCCGCCUCCGUCGCCUCCGCCUUCACCACGCCCGCCCUGGCCGCCGCCGUCGUCUCUGCCGUCGACACGUGCCCCGAGCCCGUCAACUACCAGCUCGCCGACUUCAUCUCCUGCUUGAAAUCUGCCUGCAUGGCGAACGUGGUCGUGCCUCCCAUGAUGGGCGGGUGGCCGUUCAUGGGGCCCUCAUCCAGCAUGGGGGCCUCGCCAUUCCCGAUGAAGGCACCUUUCAUGGGGUCGCCCUCCAUGGGGUCACCUUACAUGGGGUCACCUUACAUGGGGUUCCCAUCAGGAAGUAAGCCAUCCUCUCCAUACAUGGGGUCACCGUUUGGCAUGAAGACUCCACCCGCAAUGGGGGCCAAACCUGCCAUGAAGGCUUUCCCCAAAAUGGCCUAAUUCAGAGACUUAAAUGUCUUAGAGGAAUAUUCAGGAAAAGGCAGACAGCCUCCUCAGGAGAAUUGAUAUAAGGAUUUUUAAAAAAUUGUUAUCUUUAUCAUUUUUUUUAUCCUGUGACUAUCACCCUUCUUUUUUUAUUCCAAUAAAAUAUAUAAUUUAA